CGUUUACAAGACGUAUACAUAUCUAAAAGCCUCUUUUCCCAAAUCAUUACAUUUUGGGUUCAACUUCUAUUACAAGCUGAUUAGUUUGCUUAAAAUGACGACUUUGCAUUAUAUAAGAAUCAUACUAGGCCAAGUACAAUUUCUCAUGGACGAUUAGAAUAUAAUUACCCAUAAUAAAUACUGGGUUAUCUUUUACUAAUAGACUACACAUUGUGUCGUUCAAUCGACAAAAAACACUGUAAUUCAAAAGCCCUAUCUAGUAUCAAUUCAAUAUAAAAAGAAGUAAUUCUAUCAUGAGUAUUUUUACCGUAUAAUAAAGAUUGGGAAAGACACAACGAAACGUUAAUUCAAAUUUUUUAUUGUUUUAUUCAAGGUAACAGUUAUGCUGAAUAUAAGGGCGAACUUAUAAAAGAUAUCUUUUAUCUUCAAAAUAAUGUGUUCUGUAUUCAAUACUAUUUAUUCUCAAAAAUAUAUAAUUCACACUGGAAAAUUAUUGUAAAACUAAAUUGUAGCCGGACAUUUGUGCUUCAAUACUUAUCAAGACAUAUCAAUUCAAAAUACAAGAAAAAUUAUCCCAGUUGUACGGGGUUUGUCUUGUUUUGUCAGUUGUAUAAUAGUGUUUAACUAUACAACCAUAUUAAAGUUGAACAAUUGUAGUUGGCACGGUAGAAGCAAAUUUUGGAGAAAGAACACAGCAAGUUAUUUUUUUUCUUUUUAAUCUAAUCGAUCGGUGUUAUUGCAUUCAGCGUUUUUUGUAUAAACCUUAUCAACUGAUCUUGAGGCGUAAAGUGUUGUUUUGUUUUCAUGGAUUGGGAAUACAAAUUCCAUCUAACUAUAGCAAAUGCAUAGUGGUAAAAUUACCUAAAAAAACGAUCAAUUUUGGCCGUUUAUUUGAAUGAUGUAAACGAAAUAUCUUAUCAUAUAAGGUAAUCGAAGGACUUUCGAUUUUGACCGUUUAUCUGAAUGUUGUAAACGAAAUAUCUUAUCGUAUAAGGUAAUCGAAGGCACGUUAUCAAGAUAAUGGUACCUAUUCUAUUGCUGUCAAUUCUGGUGUAUGUUUGUGGAGAUAAAACACCUAUCGUGGUCACAACAUGGUCGUACCCGAAUGCCACUAGAGCAGCAUGGAUAGAACUAAUGCAAAAUCACGGCACUGCUGUAGAUGCAGUUGUAACCGGAUGCAGCGCAUGUGAGACUUCACAGUGUCGUGGAGCGGUUGGCUUUGGUUCAAAACCAGAUGAAGCUGGAAAUACUACGUUGGACGCCAUGAUUAUGGAUGGGAAAACAAUGGAUGUUGGUGCUGUAGGAUGUUUGACUAAUACCAAGUCUGCCAUUGCUGUUGCAAAAGCUGUUAUGAAAUAUACCAAACAUACAUUAUUAGUAGGAGAAAGAGCUUCCUUGUUUGCUGCUGAAAUGGGAUUAGGUUGGGAUAACAGUUUGUCGUCAACAAAGUCAGAAUCUCAGUAUAGUGAAUGGAAACAAAAGAACUGUCAACCCAAUUUUUGGGAGAAUGUCUCUCCAGACCCUUCCUCUGGCUGUGGUCCCUAUAUCCCAGCCAAUAUUACUACUUCAUCACUAAUGGAUAGCAUUGAUAGUGAUAACCACGAUACCAUUGCAAUGCUAGCUAUUGAUAAAAAAGGCGAUAUCAGUUCUGGAACAUCUACAAAUGGACUUAACCACAAAAUUCCUGGACGAGUAGGUGAUUCUCCUAUAGUUGGAGCAGGUUCAUAUGCUAUGAAUGGUGUUGGUGCUGCUGCUUCUACUGGUAAUGGAGAUAUCAUGAUGCGAUUUUUACCAGCGUUUCAUGCCGUUAUGAUGAUGCAAGUAGGCAUGGAUCCAUUAAAUGCACUUACAACAGCAAUGAGACCAAUAACUCAAUUUUAUCCAAUGUUUCGUGGUGCAAUGAUUGCUGUUAACCAGAAUGGAGAUUAUGCGGCAGUCUGUCAUGGUAUGGAAUCCUUUGACUUUUGUGUGGCCAAUCCUGCCAACCUGAAUGUACAAGUGUUGACCGCAAAAUGUGUAUGACUGCCAUGACUAAAAAGACUAACUGAUAUUUUAUUUUUAAACGAAAAUGUGGUUAAAACUGUUUCGACCGCUAGAAAGUUCAUUCGAUAUAGUAAUCACAAUCAAUUUUUCACAUAUGUGCAUUUGGAUUUUAAGUAAAAAUGAAGAUUAACAAAAUAUGAGCAGAAAAAAAUGUCUGAUAAGUUGACAAUAAGCACCCUUUCUUCCGUAGCCAACCUCAUAGAUAAUAAUGUUUGUACAAAAAAAACUUAUAUCUCUAUCCCCAUCGCCCAUCUUCAUACUGGAUACAUAAACCUUAACAAAAAAAUCCUUAUACAGAACGAUAAAUACACGGGUCGUCAUGAUGUUCGAUAAAACAUCUUUCUAAAAUUCUUACAACCAUUAUUUCCCCAUUAAAACAUUGUAAUGAGGUAUAUUCAACCAGCGGUGUCAAUCAGAUGUUGAAACUUAAAAAUUA